CAAAAGGGGCGGAGCAUGCGUUGACGCGUUGCGCGAACAAAACCAAGUUGACGUUCCAUUUUUCACCAUUUCCAUCGUAUCCUUUGAAGGAGACACAUCGCUGAGCCAGUUUCUGAGAAGAUGCCACCGAAGUCAGCUGCGGUCAAGACGGUCGCGGCCUCGCCUACGGGAGCUGUUGCUGCUGCGGUGAAGAAGGCCGGUGCCGGACGUUCCAAGAAGAACAUAGCCAAAAGCAGUGGACUCGAGAAGCCGAAGAAGAGAAAGUCUCGGAAGGAGAGUUAUGCAAUCUACAUCUACAAGGUGCUGAAGCAGGUCCACCCGGACACCGGAAUUUCGUCCAAGGCCAUGAGCAUCAUGAACAGUUUCGUGAACGACGUCUUCGAGCGGAUUUCCGCUGAGGCAUCCCGGCUGGUCCACUACAACAAGCGGCAGACCGUGACAUCCCGCGAGAUCCAGACCGCGGUCCGCCUGCUGCUGCCCGGGGAGCUGGCCAAGCAUGCCGUAUCGGAAGGAACGAAAGCGGUGACCAAGUACACGAGCUCGCGAGAGUAGACGGGAGAAAACAAAAACCGGCCCUUUUCAGGGCCACCAAAAAUCUCACGAAAGAGUUUUUCUUAUCAAAAUCAAUUAUACGACAGUUACAUG